AUGGUGCUCGAAUGCGGGCGUCCAUCUUUCUCGUUGGCUUCGAAAGAGAAGGAAAAAUACAAGUAAGACUUGAAACCUUUAACGGAACUAGAAGGAGAGCGACAACUCAUCGUUUUUAUUUCAGAUAUCCUUGUCGGGAUGGUGAUUAUCCACCUCCUGCGAAAACCUACAGCAAGAGACUGCUCCACGAGAAAGAGCCCGACAGCGACAAAGUGCCGCGGUCGCGGGAGCGGCAGGGGGCAUCGAAUUCUCGAUGUCUCCGCGCUACGUGUUCUCGUCGGGCAAAAGAUCUGACUUCGAUGUUCGUCGGGAUGGUGAUUUGUCACCAUUAACAGUGCCCAAAAGUGAGUUCUUGUUGGGUUCGGUAAUUAAAAAAAUGUGAAGAUCAAUAAACUUGAAGUUAAAAAGAGGCUUAUUGUAAAACGUUUUUUUCAGAUAUGUUGGUCGAGAUAGGGAUCUCACCGCACAAAGUUUCGUGAAGGCGGUGAAAGUCGUCCUCGAAGGAUGUGGACAGCUUCCGCGCAUCUUAAUCCAUCGCUCGGGAUUCAACGAUGAGAAGCUAGCGAAGUGAGUCUUUUAGCAUUGAACAUAAAGAAAAAUGAAGCAUUCAAAAAAAACUUUCACUUUCUCAUCUCCAAAAAAAAGUAUCAACUGUAAUACAGCCGAAUUACCUUCUUUCUCAAUAUUUAUGCAUUCAGACGUCCAUUGCGACCGCCAUCGCCAAAGCUCUCAGGAACGAGAACGUGCCGAGGGUUCAUGGCUCCCAAUUUCAACGUCAUAGAAACAUCGGACUGGUGAGCUUUUUCACCUAGAAAGUAUUUCAAUAAAUUUUCAUAAUUUCAGGUAUUUUUAGUUGAUAUGGUGAUUUGCCACUUGGAACAGUGAGUUUUUGCUUCGGCAUUAGAAAAAAACAGAGGUGAUUUAUAAACUUUAACCAAAAAUUGAUAAAGGUUUGUCAAUAACUUUUUUUCAGUCAUAAUGGUCAUAAUGGUGAUAUGCCACCUCAAAUGAGGCGGCCAGAAGUGGAAGAACGUGUCUUGCGGUGGGAUAAACUUCUCGCUCACCCCACCCGCUUUCGGAAAAUGCAACCAAUAGUGUGAACUUUUUUCUCUUCUUUGAGCCGUUUGAUCAAUUUUCAGCUACCGGAACCUUCUUAACGAUUAUACAACGGCUGUGGGCCUUCAGGAGAAGGAGCACAGAAGCAAACUCGGAGUCAGGACACCGAAAGAUUUCACUGCUUUUGGCGUAAAAUUCCAGUUAUUUUAAUUUUUAAACAAACAUCGAUUCAAGAUGUCCUACACGCUUAGUUCCGUAGAAAAAUGGGCGGAUUCGUUUUCGUGCAGCAAGGUAAUAUUAAAUAAAUUUUUUUGUCAAACUUAGGAGAAAAAAACAGACGAAAAAUUUAUUUUUUUAUAAUUUUAGUAAGGUUACUCGGGAUGGUGAUAACUCACCUUGAAUGGCAUUCGAGAAGAUAAGAAAGGUAAAAAUUAAAAAAAGUUCCUCAAUAUUCAAAAAAAGACACUUUGAAAAAAAUAACUUUUACAGACAUGUUGGACAUGAUGGUGAUGUCACAUCUAAAAAUGAGACCGGAAAAUGGAAGUCUUCCUCCUCGGUUCAUUUGGAUCAUAAAAAGAAAUACAGGUUUUAUUGUUUUUUUAAUAUCAAAUGAGACUGAAGAGCUAAUUGAGACCCAUUAGAAAAUGACAAAUAUUGUUACACCGAAAGAUUUUUUCGAGGAAAAAAAAAAAAUUUGAGUGACUUGUUUUUUUCCGCAGAACAUAUUUAGUUUUUUAUUCUUCUGGACGUUUUGAUGUUCUCUAAACUCCUUUCUGAACAAACAAUUGCAGCACGAUCAGUGUCAUCGGCUGGAACUGCACACUUCUCGAAGGAUUCCCAAAGGUUCCGCUGGCUGCGUAAUGCAAAUUCUUAUUUAA